AUGUCAGACCGAUACAACGUCGUGAUCAUUGGGGCCGGCGAGAUCAACUUUGGAUCGCCGGAGGGACCGUGGAAUCAUACGGCUAGACUGGAGCAGAUCUUCAAGAGUACUCCUGUCAAGCUCCACGUCCUAGGCCUCGUCGAUCCCAACCUGGCCCGGGCUGCCGAACGGAUUCGGGGGAAAGCUGACUCGUCAGAUGAUCAAGUACGGUCUUCGUGGAGCAAGGCAGAAGCGUGGAGUACGAUCUCUGAAGCCGCUUCUAGCCUUGCCGCCAACCAAGAACAAAGGGUGGACCUCGUCAUUCUUGGCUGCCCGCCUCACUUUCGGGGUACCUUGCAGGCCGGUAAGAGGGCCGACCUGGAGAUGCUUGAUCACUUCCCACAAGCAAGAGCAUACUUGGUGGAAAAGCCGGUUGCUGCGGUAAAUCCAUUCUCUACCGCCGACUGCGACGAGGUUGCAUCUCGUUUCGCCGCCUCUUCAGGUGCAACAAGUGUCGGGUACAUGUUGAGGUACAACAAGGCCAUUCUACGCAUUCGCGAGAUGCUGGGUGCCAACGGCUUGACGCCUACGUGCAUCAAUGCCAGGUACUUUAUGGCCUACGAGUACGCCCGAAAACUGGACUGGUGGAACAAGUCACGAUCAUGUGGCCCGGUGGUAGAACAAGCCACGCAUUUCAUCGACCUGAUCCGCUUCUUGGCGGGCGAUGCUAAUGAAGCUUUACUCGAGACUGUCAGAGCCACAACUGUUCAGCAUUUCGAACCGGUCGGCGCUCUCUCUAAGCUGGGCUUUGACGAGUCGGGGAUUCCUCCAGCCGAAAGAGUGCCGCGAGUCACAAGCGCAUUCUGGAAACAUCAAAAGGGCACGAUCGGGUCUUUGACGCACGGCAUCACCUUGCAUGGAGGAACAUACGAUACAGAGAUCGAGGUGCUUGCUGAUGGCUGGAUCUUUCGCGUACGGAACGCUUACGACGCCACGACCACGCUGGCGAUCCGAAGUCCCGGGAAAACAGAAGAGGAGAUCAUCAAGAUUGAAGAUGAUCCUUUCCUCACCGAGUUCGAAUGUCUCGUAGGAUGCAGUCUCGAAGGGGCCGAGUCUCUUAUGUCGUCGGAAGGUGUUCCGUCGAGCCCGCUCAGUACCUUUGCUGAUGCGCUCGAGACAUACAAGCUCUCAUGGAAGAUCCGACUGGCGGCCGAGGCAGCUUCUACGUGA